AUGACCGGCAAGCCAAGUGAAUCCAGCACAUAUGCGGACAUAGAGGCGAUAUACGAAUGCCUUGAAACCGAAUAUGGGGUUAGUCAGGAAGACGUGAUCUUAUACGGGCAAUCAGUUGGAAGUGGACCGACACUGCAUUUGGCAGCUAAAUUACCUAGGCUGAGAGGCGUGGUUCUACACAGCGGCAUUCUUUCUGGUCUCCGAGUCCUCUGUCAUGUGAAAUUCCCUUUUUGCUUUGACAUUUAUAAGAAUAUCAACAAAAUAAAGAAGGUCAAGUGUCCAGUACUAGUAAUACAUGGUACAGAAGACGACGUGGUCAAUUGGUUACAUGGUAACUGAUUAUGGAAAAUGGCAAGCGAGUAGUACGAACCAUCGUGGAUUAAAGGAGGCGGUCACUGCAACUUGGAGCUUUACCCUGAUUACAUACGCCACCUAUGCAAAUAUAUCCAAGAAAUGGAGAACAUGAUAACCGAGAAGCGCCUCAAAAAAAAAUCCGACAAAAUCUGGACACACGAUCAUCAAAAUCAGAACAUUUUGAAUCAAUGGAUAUUGAUGCAUUGGACGAAACCACAAAUCAACCAACCAUAA